UAGAUCACUGAAUGGACCAUGCAUAUCAUAUAAUGGGGAAUCAAAGACAUGUGGCAUCGUGUGAAAAAGCUCAUCUGUCUAACAGUCUGACACAUUUCAGUUCUCUCUUGGCCCCCGAGAGGCUCCAGAAGAUGCAGAACAUCCUUAACGGGUGUUGCGAGGCCGCGCUUACACGGUUUCUCCCAGCGUCUGAAGAUAUGCAGAAAGGCUAAGAGAGACUGACACAUUUUCAAGGAGUCGCUCAUACGGCUGAGCAAAAGCUCAGAGUGCCCUGUUCACUCCAGUGAAUAUGGGUAUCCUUUGGCAAGUGCAAAGUUUGGAUAAGCGCAGCUUCCUGCCAGCAGUGGAGAUUAAAGUUGUGUGUUUAGAAGUGGAUGGCAGGGACUGGCUGGGUGGAAGUUUUCCCCACAGGCACAGAACGUGGCAGCUAAGGUCAGGGGCCCACCACAUCACAGCCCUAAAAAUAUCCUCUACAUUUGAUGCCCGUCACAGAGCGGUUAUACAAUCUGUGCCCUGACUUGAGCCUGCCAGAACUAAACCUUACCAUGUUCUGCCUUUAAGGGCUGCUUCACAACAAGCUGCCAGAAUGAUGAAAACCAAAUUCUCGAGGAGGAAGGACUUCAAUCUCCCGAAAAUAAAUCAUGUGUGAAAGGAAGCCACAGUGAGAAAAUGGCUUCUCGCAAGUCGAAGACUGGCACCAAGAUAAAUGUUACAAAAGCAGCAGAGGAAUCCAGUCCAGUGGAUGAUUAUGUCACACCUGGGGGCUAUGAGCUGGAGAAAAUCCUCAACCGUGGGAGUGUGGCUUACACUCAUGUCAACGAGGUCUGGCCUAAUGUCUAUGUUGGGGACGAGCAGACUGCAAAGGACAAGUUUAACCUGAAGAGGUUGGGGAUAACGCACAUCUUGAACGCAGCAGAGGGGACGUGGAACAAUGUGGACACUGGACCUGGUUACUAUAGCGACAUGGACAUCGUCUACUAUGGGGUGGUGGCAGAAGAUGUCCCAGCCUUUGACCUCAGCCAGUAUUUCUUCUCUGCCGCAGGGUUCAUCCAGGAGACACUGAAGAAUCCUCAGAAUAAACUGCUGGUGCACUGCGUGAUGGGAAGGAGUCGCUCCGCCACGCUGUUCCUCGCCUACCUCAUGAUCUGUGAGAACAUGACGGUGGUGGACGCCAUUGAACACGUAAAGAAACGCAGACGCAUCAUCCCGAACUGGGGCUUCCUGAAACAGCUGAGAGAGCUGGACCAGAAGCUCCAGGACAAAGCGAAGGACUCGACAGAAGACAGCUGACUGCUCUGUCGGUUUGCUGUUCAAGUCAAGUUAAUGGAGAAAAGUUCAAAUGGGGGUCUUACUUUAUAGCAAAGGAACGAGUAAGUUUAAGUUAAUCACAAGUAGUUCAAGGCAAGUUAGAUUCAAUUCUAAGCUCAUUUGAGAAAUGUCCAAGUAACGCACCAGCUCUGAAACAAAAAAUCUCAAGUAACUUAAGACAAUUAUCAAUAUUUGUUUAUUCUCAAGUCAUGCAAGUCUUAACUAAGUCAUGAGUAUUCUGAGACCAGUCUGAGUCCAGACUCAAUUGAUCUGAGGCUCAGCGUGACUUUGAAGUCAACCCUCCGAGUUAUUCAAGACAAGAACAAGUCAAGCUUCAAGUCAUUUCAGACAAGUUCAAGUCAACGCUCAAGUAAUUCAAAACAAGUCCAAGUCAAGGAUGCAGUAAUUCAAGAGAAGCCUUAAGUAAUUCAAGACAAACCCAAGCUCAGCCUCAAGUCAUUUAUGACAAGUCUCAAGUCUAAAGUCAGGUCUCAAGUCAUUUCAGACAAAUCCAAGUCAAGUAUUCAGUCAUUUGAGACAAGUUUAGGUCAACCCUAAAGUCACUGGAGACAAAUUUAAACGAAGCCUUAAGUAAUUUGAAACAAGUCCAAGUCAAGUCUCAAGUAUCUUGAGACAAGUUAUGCAUCCAGUCAUUUCACACAAGUCCAAGUCAAACCCCAAGUAAUUCAAGACCAGUCAAAGUGAAACCUCAAGCCAUUUUAGCGAAGUUCAAGUCAACAGUCAAGUCACUUUAGACAAGUCCAAGUUAAGCCUCAAAUCAUUGGAGACAAUUCAAAGUUAAGCAUCAAGUUAUUCAAGACAAGUCUACAAUAAAAGUUCCAAGCCAAAAUAAGCAAAUUGCAAACCAAGACACAAGUCUCUAGGUGCUUACUUGAUAAUUUGAAGCUAUUUGAGACAAGCCCGAGUCAUGCCUCAAGUCAUGUGAGGAGAAUUUCAAGACAAGCCUCAAGUCGUUCAAGACAAAUCUACAACUCAGACAUUAAGCUCCAAGCAAAAAUAAGCAAAUUGCUAAUCAAGACACAAGUCUUUCAUGUCUCUAGGUGCUUACUUGACAAUUUGAAACUAUUUGAGCCAAGCCUGAGUCAUGCCUCAAGCCAUUUAAGGAAAAGUCCAAGACAAGCCUCAAGUCAUCUGAGACAAGUCCAGGUCACAUCUCAAGCAAUGUGAGACACAUCCAAGUUAAAUCGUUAUUCAAGUCCACAGCUGUACACUUUCAAUGCAAAAGCGUAUUAAUUAAAUAUUCACUGUCUGUGCAUGCCAAUGCAACGACCAUCUGUUGUUGUCCCAUUAGAUUCUGUUGUUUUGGGACUUUACCAGGUAAAACCUUGAGACGUCAGUGUUUUUGAUGUGAAGCUUCAGUGAAAUCUCAGUAAAUCAAGUCUCAGAGCCGUCAA